UCAGCGCGAGGAGAUGCAUUCUUCGGAGAGGGAAAUGGUUUGAUAUGGAACGAUAUAAACGAAUGUAUUGGCAAUGAAUUGCGUUUGAGUGACUGCCCAGUGGCAUCCUGGGGGCACCAUCAGUGCACGCACAAAAAUGAUGCUGGUGUCAUCUGUUCCGGUGAACCUUGGCAGGUGCGACUGGUCAAUGGAGAAAGUGUUUGUGAUGGACGAGUGGAGGUUUAUUACGGCGGUUUUUGGGGGAGAGUGAUUGACACUGAGUGGAAUUUCAAUGAUGCCGAUGUAGUGUGCAGACAGCUGAACUGUGGCGCUGCAAUAAAUGUUUAUAACAACUGGAAGUUUGGAAAAGGCGACGGCCCAGUGUGGAUCAGCAAUGUCAGAUGCAAUGGAAGUGAACCCUUCCUGUGGAAUUGUAGUAUUACACAAGGGAAGCAAUUAUCCAUCGCAGGCGACGUCGGCGUGGUUUGCUCUGAUCAUAUUCAGGUAAGACUGGCAGAUGGUGGAAGUCGCUGUGCCGGAAGGGUGGAACUUUACUAUAACGGAACCUGGGGGACUGUUUGUGAUGACCUCUGGGAUUUAGCAGAUGCACAUGUCGUAUGUAACCAGCUGAAGUGUGGACAGGCUCUAAAUGCAACGGUUUUCGGUUGGUUUGGCACAGGAGCGGGGCCUAUCUGGCUUCAUAACCUGAUGUGUGCAACGAAUGAUUCUGUUUUGUGGGAAUGUCCGGGGGAUCCGAGGAAUGAGAGCAACUGCAAUCACAAAGAGGAUGCUGGAGUUAUCUGCUCGGAGCACAGGGCUGUAAGGCUUCAGAAUGGAUCGAGUCCCUGCCAGGGCAGAGUUGAGGUUUUCUAUAACACAACUUGGGGAACUGUUUGCUCCGAUUCGUUUGGAAAGGAGGAUGCAGAAGUGGUUUGUAAGCAGCUCAGCUGCGGAUCCGUCCGGUCUGUCGAUCGUGAUGUCACAUUUGGAAUGGGUUUCGGACAGAUUUGGCUUGAUGAUGUGCAUUGUCGCUUGCACGAUUCACUGUUAUGGCAAUGUCCAUCUUCGCCAUGGGGUGAACAUGAUUGUGAGCACAAGGAGGAUGUAGGUGUCAUUUGCUCAGAAAUAAAUCCAAUGAAAAGGCGCAAUGAGGAAGUUAGGAAGAAAAAGUUGCGGCUAGCUGCGGGAUUCAAUAAUUGCUCUGGAAGAAUUGAAAUCUUCUUCAAUGACACAUGGGGCACGGUGUGCGAUGAUUCCUGGGAUCAGCAUGAUGCUGCUGUCACCUGUAGACAACUAAACUGUGGUGAUCCAGUGUGGACCCCGGGAGAGACGUUAUUCGACACAGCAAACGGCACAAUUUGGUUGGAUGAUGUUAAAUGCAAGGGGAGUGAGGACUUCCUGUGGGACUGCCAAUUUUCAACAAUGGGUGAUCAUGACUGUGAACAUAAAGAAGACGUCCAUGUGAUAUGUUCUGGCCAUCCGAAGCACAUAACGCCUUUCAAACAGCACAGACUCUCCGUUUUCAUCAUCCCUUCCAUUUUUCUGGUCCUUUUAAUUGCCGUAUCAAUUGCUUUGGCCACAGAGUUGCAGAGAAGCUUCCAGAAAGGAAAUAGCAGGAGACAAAAUUCCACCACUGCAUUUCCUGACCCUGUUUAUGAAGAUAUUGACGUUCAGGAGCUUGAUUCAGGCUCAGAUUUCCAAUCUAACAGUACACUAGACGAGUGGGAAUAUUAUGCAGUAAGCGAUUUAGAUGUAUGUGAUGAUAAAAAUAUGCAAGGUUCAUUUACUUCAUAUAAUGCUGAAUUCAAAAGUGAAUAUGACGAUGUCCAGUCGUUUGAGACUGAGUGGAUGUUUGAUAGAAAGGGAGGAAAGCAAAAAAGUAAAUUCAAAAGAAAUACAAACCAAGUCUCAGCAGUUGGAUCUUCUUUGCAACCUCCCAGUCCAAGUGCUAUAGCUGAAGCUGCGAAUGGAAAAGAGUUGAGAGGCGUGCGGUUGGUGGGCCCGGAAGCGCCAUGCGUUGGGGAACUCAAAGUAUAUUAUCGACGUCAAUGGAGCUCGGUUUGUAGUGAACACAGGCAGGUACGACUGACCAAUGGAGAAAGUGUUUGUGAUGGCCGAGUGGAGGUUUAUUAUGGCGGUGUUUGGGGCAGAGUGAUGGACACUGAGUGGAAUUUCAAUGAUGCAGAUGUAGUAUGCAGGCAGCUGAACUGUCGCACUGCAAUAAGUGUUUAUAACCACUCGAAGUUUGGAAAAGAUCAUAUUCAGGUAAGACUGGCAGAUGGUGGAAGUCGCUGUGCCGGAAGGCUGGACCUUUACUACAAUGGAACCUGGGGGACUGUGUGUGAUGAUUCCUGGGAUUUACCAGACGCCCGUGUUGUAUGUGACCAGCUGAAGUGUGGACAGUCUCUAGAUGCAACGGUUUCCGGUUGGUUUGGCCCAGGAGCAGGGCCUAUCUGGCUACAUAAUCUGAAGUGCACAGCAAAUGAUUCUGUUUUGUGGGAAUGUCCUGCCGGCCCAAGGGCUCAGAGCGACUGCAAUCACAAAGAAGAUGCUGGAGUUAUCUGCUCUGAGUUCCGGCUGGCUGCAGGAUUCAACAAUUGCUCUGGAAGAGUUGACAUUUUGUUCAGUGGUACAUGGGGAAUGGUUUGCGGUGAUUCCUGGGAUAGGCACGAUACUGCUGUGGUCUGUAGACAACUAAACUGUGGUUACCCAGUGUGGUCCCCGGGAGAGACGUUAUUCGGCCCAGCAAAUGGCACAACUUGGAUGGAUGACGUUAAGUGCAAGGGGAGUGAGCGCUUCCUGUGGGACUGCCUAUUUUCAGCAAUGGGCGAUCAUGACUGUGAACAUAAAGAAGACGUCAAUGUGAUAUGUCCUGGUAGGAGAUUUUAA